GAUAUUCAAUACAAUGCUCUCUAAACUUCUUCACAUUUGUUACCAAUCAUAUUUAUAGCCCCUUGCUCGAAAAUAGCCGUUUCUAGCCGUUGGGGGUCAUUAAAUGCCCUGAAGGACGCGAAGCUCAAGUUGCAGGAUUGUCAGGAGAGCCGGCUUAACUUCCUAAAGACGGCUUAACUUCCUAAAGCCGGCUUAAACUUCCAGAGCCGGCUUUGCGGGAUUCUUGCACAUUCUGUUUUCCUCGAGAGCCGGCUGCAAAACUUUGAGCCAGCUUUGCAACUCCGACUUUAAAUACAUUAAAUAAUCUUCAAAUGACUCGACCGUUGUGCAUUAAAUGCACCCUCACAGCCGGCCACAAAGCCAGAGCCGGCUUUGCGUCUUUUCUCCGCACGCGCCAAACAACAGUCUUCAAAAUUUUUACCUAUAGAGCCGGCUGCAGCUUCUAGAGCCGGCUCUCUGCACUUCCAUUUCACCAGAGCCGGCUGCACUUUACUAGAGUCGGCUGCACUUUACCAGAGCCGGCUCUCUGCACAUUUUGAAUCCUUUUGGUCUAUUUUUAAUGCAAUCCAAGUUUACUUGCAAUAUUUUAGCAACUUAACUACACACUUAAAUAAACCAAUUAGUCACUGAAAUGUGUUUUGUAAUCAUCAAAAUCAUAGGAUCAUUUCAUCGUUGUAUUUGAAGUCUGUGGCUACGCAAGGAGACUAUGGUCAAGCAAGGACCGGAAAGGAUUUCUGGCUCGUAGUUUUUUUUUGUGCUUGUGUUUUGUGAGAUUCUAUAGCACUUUCAAGCUAAGUAUUGUGAUAUGUGUGAAGGUCAAUUUUGUAUAUAUAUGGGUUAGUAUUUCUUUUUAUUAUACAGGCUAUAAAAUGUCUAAGCGAGGUUGUGUGAAUAAUGAUGCACUUUGCCUUAGUAGUUGAACUAGAGUUAUAUAGCAAUUACUCAUAGAGAUUGAAACAAGUUUGUAGCGUGUGAUAUGUGAUAUGUAUUUUUGUUGUAGGAACCUCGUAAUAAUAAGUUAAAAUUUUUUUG